AUGCAGCCUAAAAUAACCCCGGAGUCGGACAGCAAAGCGGCGGAUAAAUCGUCUUCUCAUCGGCGCACUGCUGGCUCUGGUCGCUCAAGCUUCCCUGCGGCUUUCCGUCCCGCUGAUGUUACCCGAAGAUGGAGGGUGUUACUGCUGCUCAACGUGCUGGCGGUCGCAGGGUUCAUGACCUUCUGGGCCAAGUGCAACACCCGCAGCGUGCAGGCGGCCGGUCCGGAGGCUCCGGCUGACGGGAGGCGGCCCCGGGCCAACGGGACGGCGCAGGGGCCCAGCGUGAGCCACGAGGUGCUGCUGAAGAGGCUCAGCUCGCUGGAGGAUGUGGUGUACCGGCAGCUGAACGGUCUGUCCAAGUCCCUGGGCCUGAUCGAGGGCUUUGGCGGCCGCGGGAAAGGCGGCCUGCCCGCCACGCUCUCCCCGCUGGAGGAGAGCGACGCCAAGUACCUGAAGGAGAAGUACGGUUACAACGCCUACCUGAGCGACAGGAUCUCUCUGGACCGGACCAUCCCGGACCACCGGCCCAACAAAUGUAGAAAAGUCAGCUAUCCCCGAGAUCUCCCCCAGAUCUCCCUCAUCUUCAUCUUCGUCAACGAGGCGCUGUCGGUCAUCCUGCGCUCCGUCCACUCGGCCGUCAAUCACACGCCGGCUCACCUGCUCAAAGAGAUCAUCCUGGUGGACGACAACAGCGACGACGAGCAGCUGAAGGGACCGCUGGAGGAUUACGUGAACAAGCGCUACCCUGGACUGGUCAAGAUCGUCAGAAACCAGAAGAGAGAAGGACUGAUCCGGGCCAGAAUCGAGGGCUGGAAGGUGGCGACGGCGGAAGUCACCGGGUUUUUUGAUGCCCAUGUGGAGUUUACUCCGUCAUGGGCCGAGCCGGUGCUGGCCAGAAUAAAAGAGAACCAUAAGAGGAUCAUCCUGCCAUCCAUCGACAACAUCAAGCACGACACCUUCGAGGUGGAGCGCUACGAGAACUCGGGCCACGGCUACAACUGGGAGCUGUGGUGCAUGUACAUCAACCCGCCCAAGCAGUGGUGGGACGAGGGAGACAUGUCCGCACCCAUCAGGACUCCUGCCAUGAUUGGCUGCUCCUUCGUGGCCAACCGGGACUACUUUGGGGAACUCGGCCUGCUGGACUCGGGCAUGGACGUCUACGGAGGGGAGAACAUCGAGCUGGGCAUCAGGGUUUGGCUCUGCGGCGGCAGCAUGGAGGUGCUGCCUUGCUCCAGAGUGGCUCACAUUGCUCGAAUGAAGAAACCUUACCACAGCAACAUCGCCUUCCACACCCGGCGCAACGCUCUGCGUGUGGCAGAGGUCUGGAUGGACGAAUACAAAUCCAAUGUGUACCUGGCCUGGAACAUCCCCAUGGAGAACCACGGCAUCGACUUCGGCGAUGUUUCUCAGAGAGUCGCACUGAGGAAGAAUCUGCAGUGCAAGAGCUUCCAGUGGUACCUGGACAACGUUUACCCAGAAAUGAGGAGGUACAACAACACGGUGUUCUACGGAGAGAUCCGUAACUCCAAAGUGAGCCACCUGUGUAUGGAUCAGGGUAUGAAGGAAAACCACACAGCCACCCUUCACCCCUGCCAUGGCUGGGGUCCUCAGUUGGGACGCUACACCAAAGAGGGUCAGCUGUUCUUGGGUCCGCUGGGCAGCACCGGAGACGACACUCGCUGCGUGGUGGACGACCAGAUCAGCAGCUUUCCCCAACUCCUGAACUGUGACAAGGUGCCCAACGCCAAGCAGAAGACAUGGAGCUUCUCCCAGAACGACUCCAUCAUAAACCGGGCCACGGGUCGGUGCCUGGAGGUGGUGCCGGCCAACGUUUACUUUGGCCACCUGCUGGUCCUGCAGCCCUGCUCGGGUCAGAAGUGGACCAUCAAAAACACCAUGAAGCAAUAGCCGACAGCACAGCCCGUUUCCUGGGCUGUGAUUGGCUCAGCCUGGUCACAAUGAGCCAAUAAGACGCUGAUGCAAACCUUCAACAAAAAUGUUUUAUCAAGACUUUGGGUGCCAUGAAGAUUAACGUGAAUUAUUUUUUAUAAAAUGAACAUUCAGAAUGACAAACUAAGCAUGAGGACUGAUUCUGUCUGAUUUAUUUUGACUUAAUGUGUUGUUAUAAAUCCUCUGUGUGUG